UUCCUCUGCAAUGGCAGGUCGCAAGGACGGGACGCGGGGAGGGGCCAUGGCGGGAAGGCUCGUCUUCUGCAUGUGCGUGACUUUUCUUUGUGGUACGAUCGUUUCGAAUCCGAUGCAAGGAGGCGAAGUGGCAAGACUGAAUCUCCGAGCUUACCGGCCUCGUGCUGGCCAUUCCUUGGAGGGCCUCAGAUUACGAGGAGGAGCCGAAGGUCAUGUGCCAGGAGUAGCAUGGUCGCAGCGACAGAACACCCUGUUGUUCAAGGUUGACGUCCCGCAUGAUGCUGCUUCGGUUGUGGAUGAUUUGAAGCUCUCUGGCAACAAAUUGACCUGGCAAGGAGAACUUGUCAACUUGAACCUGGAGCUCUACGGCAGUGUGGAUGAGAAUUCGAUCAACAAGAAGUUCGAUGGAGGACGUAUCGUGACUGUGGUAGCGACAAAGUCGACCAAGGAGUGGUGGCCGCGACUUACCUCUGGUCCCAAGCCCGCCAACGUCAAGGUAGAUUGGGCAACCUGGCAAGACGAUGCGGAAGAUGAAACAGCCAAGUACGACUCUAUCGGAAAAACAGGAGAAGGGAACUUUGAUGACGACUUCAACUUCGAUGAGCUCAACAAGGGCAAGGACAACUCCAAGUGGGCGGAAAACGAUGAUGCUCCAGAAGAGAAUGACGAUGGAGAUGCAGACGACAAAGAAGAAGCAAAGAAUGAUGGGGUUGAGAUCAUGGAAGACGAGGCUGAAAAAGGCAAGGAGCCCCCGGCUCAGAAGGAAGGCGAUGGAGACAUGCCUGAUGCGUGAAAUGUGACCCGAAUUUUCC